AUGAUGAAAUAUAAGAAUCAAUAAAUUCUGUAAAACAAUGACCAAUUAUAGAUUAACUCUAACUUAUCCAACAAAAUCUCAAAAUAAAAUCAAAUUAAAUAAACCUAAUAAUAUCAAGAUGAUGAGGAUCAACCAUCUAUAUACUUAAGUAAAAAAUAUGAUCAUUCAAAACCGACAUUUCUAAGGACCUUUCCUUAAUAACCUGUCGAUUGUUAAGGAAGUGAAGAUUUCAUGGCACCUACUAUUCUUUCCAAUAUAAUCUCUAAUAAAAGUGUAGAAUAAAUUGCUUUUAAGUCAGAUCAUAAAAAACAAUAAUAACUAAACUAUCGUUACGAAACUUCAAAUAUAUCCUCUUCUUAAAAUUCUGUAUUAAAUUCCUUAUUUAUCAAUUUUAUAGAUGAGAUCUAUUUUAGAAGGUAGAAAAUAUAAAUAAAUCAAUUAGGAAAAAGUCAAAAUGAUCAUAAACUAAAUUAAAGUCAAAUUGUUGAAUUUAAUACAUUAUUCAAAAUAUAAUGAUCCUUUAUUAACAAAAGAAUAUUAGGAAUGUAAAAAUCUUUUUUAUAAUUAUAUUUAGUAUCACCUUUUAAAUAUCAUUACUUUACUAUGUACAUUUUUUUAUCAACAAUCAUUUCGAAUUUUCUGGCAUCUAUUUUUAUACCUUUAGUAUAAUUUUUUGAAGUACCAUUACUUUUUUAAGUGUUGUCUCACAUAAUAUUUGGAUUUAAUUUAAUCUCUAUUUUUUAAGAUUUAUUUUUUUAAAGAGGUCCAUAUAAAAUGUGUAGAGGAAUUAUCAAAGUCAAUUAUUAAGAUGAAUCAAAAAAAAUAUUAGAUACAAGUCGAAUGUUACUGUUAAUAUUCAACAAUUUCUUUUAAAUAUCUCCUAAUAUCAAAUGGUUAACUAUUUUAGUAAUGAUGAUCUUAUCAUUGUUGAGAUAGAAUGAAAGUUUUGAAAACAUAUAUAGAUCAACACAUCAUUUCAUUUUUAUUUGUUAAUUGUGGAUUACAGUAAUAAUAUCCUUUGUUUGUACUUAUUAAGGUAUUAUUAUAAUAUAAUUAGAGUUUUUAAUUUGGAUGAAGAUAUACCUUUAUCUUACAGUAUUGUAUUAGCAAUAUCCUUUCUUACUCAUUGUUCGAAUAUUUGUAAGAAUAUUAUAUUUAUAUAAAUUUUAGCAAUUGAGAUUUCCAAUCAAAAUUCAGUUUUAAUUUCAAUUUAUAUGAUUCUAUCAUAUGUAUGUCUUGCUUAUACUUCAAUGAUAUUUUAUAUUUGGUUGAAACCAGAAAUAGAGAUUCAAGAAGAAAAGUAGAAAUUACUUAAAGGAUUUGUUGAAAGAUUUAGAGAGAAAUGUGAAAAUGAUGAUUUACUUAGGAGAUGUUAUUCUUAUCUUGAAUUUCGAAUAGAUGUACAUGAAUUAUUUCAAAUUUUAAAGGAAGAUCUCAAUAAAGCCAAAGAUCAAUUAACAAAAAAGUUGAGUCCAGAUUUGGAAGAUGAAAUAGAACUCUCUUUAAGAUCUACAAUGAUUGAUAAAAUAGAAUUAAUGAAUAGAUUUUCGCCACAUUUUAAAUAAUAAUUAUUAUAUGAAAUAGAAUAAGUGUAAUUUAAUCCAGAAGACAAUAUCAUAAUAGUAUAAAUAUUUUUAGUAACAAAAGGAGCAUUAAGCAGAUGAUUUAGGAUUAUUUUACAUAUUGAAAGGCUAAGUGAAGGUGUAAUUUUAAGGGUCUUCUUUUGGGACAAACAAAAGAGAAGUAGCUACCUUAUCAGAAGGAUAGACAUUUGGAUAAUACUCUUUUAUUACUGGAAUUCCAUCUAAUAUAAGUAUUUUUAGUUCAGGAUCAACUAUCUUAAUGAAAUUAAAGAGAUCUGAUUUCACUUCUAUAAUAUCAAAUUAUCCUUUUGAUAAUGAAAUAUUUUGUACAAUGAAAGACAAUGCAUUCUACAAUUAAAAAAUCUUUGAAUGUUAUUAUUGCAAAAUAAGAGGACAUUAUAUAGUAGAAUGCAAACACAUUUAAUAUUUCCCUUAAAGAUUAAAUACAAUAGAGAAAUAUUUAUAUACAGAGAAAUAAUAAAGAAGAAGAUGGACUAGAAGAAUACGUAAGUGUUUUGCUUGGUAAGAUCUAAGUUUAAAUUAAGAUAAAGCAAAAUAAUAUGUUAAUAAAUAAAGUUAAGAAUAGAUAUCUGAUGAAUUACCAGAAAUUUCAUAAUUACCAUAUUCUGAAAGUAAAAUUCUUUAAUAUAUUAGAUUAAACAUAUUAGUCUGUAAGUUUUGUUAGUAAUUCUAUGGGUCAAAAGAAUUUGAGUCCUGAAUAAUAUUAAUCAUAUAGCAAUGUAGAGAGUUUUGAAUAAUUUAAUAUAGAUUAAGAAAUCUAAGAUGAAUAAACUAUUCCUUUUUAAGAACAUUAAGUUAAGAAUAUUCGUAAGAAUUCAAAUAAAACAACAUUAAAAACAGCUGGUUUUGCUAUAGAACCAAAUUUAAUUAAUAAUAAUAAUUUAUCAAUAGUUGAAAAGGAUGACAAAGAAAUCUUAAGUUAAUUAGAACAUUAAAUGAACAAAGAAAAAACAAUUCUAUAUUAAACUUCUAGGAAUUACAAUGCAAAUAAAUUGACUUUUCAAUAUUAAAAGGAAUAAUCUCAAUGUAUACAUAGAGAAGAUUUAAUUAAAACUGAUUCAUAUUAAUAAUAAUAAUCAAUAGCAAUUUACCAAUAAUAAUAACCUUCAAAUAUAAAAUAAUCAAUUAGAUAAACUUCAAAUAGAUCUAAUACUUAUUCUAAUUCACUUUCUAAAGAUAUUUCAAAUAAUCCAUCUUCAAAUUCUAGAUAAAAUAGAUCCUAAAAAUAAUCUAUGUAAUCAAGUUAAGAUAGAGUAAUGGAAUAAUAGACAGGUACAAGAAAAUUAAAUAGUUCAAAGUCUUUAACUACAGAAUAAAAUAGAAUCAAUAAUAAUAGGAGUUUGAAAUCUUGUACUAAGAGCACUCCAAAUUAAAUGUCAUAAUUUUAAGCAUUAACAAGUCCUGAAGUAAAAUAUUAUUAAUAAAAAUUAGAAUUAAGGAUAUUACUUAAAUGAUAUUUUAUUUAAUAAAUUCGAAAAAAUGUGUGAAUACAAAAUAUAUAAUCCACAUAAUAAUUAUAAUUAGGUAAUAAAUAGAUAUAAAAAAUAUAUUGAAUCAUAGAAUUAUAAUAAUUUAUGUAGGAAGAAACAUUUAUCAACAUCAUCUUAUUCUAUUAAAUGUUUUGUUGUAUCAAAAAUAAGAAAAGUGAAGAAAUUACUUUGA